AACAUUGCAGAAUCCGUAUCAGUUUAAAACUUCAGUUUAUCGAAAUUAGUUGGAGUAAUCACAUUUGAUAUGGGUCGCUCCGUUCUGCAAACCCGACCCGAACAUCAGGUUCUAGAUGGAUACGGAGAACCAAUCUCUAGAUCAUUAGAAUACAGGAAGGUGAUGAAACCUUUGCUAGAAAGAAAGAGAAGAGCACGGAUUAACAAAUGUUUAGAUGAGUUGAAGGAACUGAUGAUGAGUGCUCUGGUGGAGGAGAAUGGAGAGAACUCCAGUAAACUGGAGAAAGCUGAUAUAUUGGAGGUUACUGUAAACUAUUUGAAUAAACUCAAGAAUUCAGAUUCUCUAGUUCUUACUCCGAGUGUUACGUAUUCUCAUAGGUUUAGGAGCGGAUUCUCCGCCUGUGCUUCCGAGGUUGCAAGGUUUCUGUCUACUCCGGGUCUGGGUGUGGAUAGAAAAGCAGUAGAUCAUGUCCUGUCUCAGAUGUCAAACUCAGUGAAUAUUGUUGACAACUUACCACCCAACGUUAUCUCCGUAGUUGGAGAGCAGAGUCGACUACUGAACCUGGAGAGAGUGAAACAUCAUCAAUCCUUCACUCUUCAAACCAAACCUUCCAAAGAUAUGGAAAACCGUCCCCUGGAUCUUUCAAGAUCUCAAGCUUCAGAUUCAUCUUGGAGACCAUGGUAAAACCCUUAGACCUGGAGAACAUCAGUAGACUUGGAGAACCUGGAGAACAUCAGUAGACCUGGAGAACAUAGAGAACCUGAUAAACGUGGAUUCCUGGAAACCUGGAGAACCUGAUAAACCUGAUCAAAGCUCUCUGUUGAUCCUGGAAAACCUGAUCGAAGCUCUCUUUUGAUCCUCGAAAACCUGAUAAAUCUGGAAAGCUGGAAACCUGGAGAACCUGAUAAACCUGAUAAAAAUGGAGAACUAAUGGAGCAGGAGAACCAGAUAAACCUUGAAACCUGGAGAACCUGAUUAACCUGAACCUCUCUGUUGAAUCUGGAGCUAAUCCUCAAUCCCAGCUCAUUUGUAGGAUUAUAUUGUAAGCUCAAGUAUACACACUAUGUACUGUGGACAUAAAACCUGAUAAAUGUCUACACCAUAAAACUUCUCUUUACUGUGAUAAAUCUUAAUCUUAAUAAAUAAUAAAUACAUAC